GGCGGGUCGAAGAGCCCCGUCAGGGGGGGUCAAGAUGGCGGCCCAGGUCCUGGCGCUGCUGCGGGAGGUGUCGCGGUUAGAAGCGCCGUUGGAGGAGCUUCGCGCGCUUCAUUCGGUGCUGCAGGCUGUGCCGCUCAGCGAGCUCCGAGAACAGGUGGCGGAGAUGCACCUCGGUCCGCUUUUCUCCCUGUUCAACCAGAACCAUCGGGAACAGACUGCUUUGUGUAUAUCCAUUCUGGAGAGAUUGCUGCAAGCUGUGGAGCCAGUUCAAGUGGCCCAGAACCUCCAAAUUGACCUGCAGAGAGGACUGACUCACCCUGAUGACUCUGUAAAGAUCCUCACUUUGUCCCAGGUUGGAAGAAUUGUUGAAAAUUCUGAUGCUGUUGCUGAGAUUCUAAAUAAUUCUGAAUUACUAAAACAAAUCAUUUAUUGUAUUGGCGUAGAAAACCUGUCUGUAGCUAAAGCGGCCAUCAAAUCCCUAUCAAGAAUAUCAUUAACCCAAGCGGGACUAGAGGCUUUAUUUGAAAGCAAUCUGCUGGAUGAUUUGAAAAGUGUGAUGAAAACCAGUGACGUUGUACGGUACAGAGUAUAUGAGCUAAUUGUGGAGAUUUCUUCUGUGUCACCAGAAUCUUUAAACUACUGUACCACCAGCGGAUUAGUAACCCAGCUCCUCAGAGAGCUGACUGGUGAGGAUGUGCUGGUCAGAGCCACCUGUAUAGAAAUGGUGACAUCCCUGGCAUACACUCAUCAUGGACGACAGUACCUUGCUCAAGAAGGAGUAAUUGAACAGAUUUCAAAUAUAAUUGUUGGGGCAGAUUCAGACCCUUUCUCUAGCUUCUAUUUGCCAGGAUUUGUGAAAUUUUUUGGAAACCUGGCUGCCAUGGAUAGCCCUCAGCAGAUCUGUGAACGUUAUCCUGUCUUUGUGGAAAAGGUUUUUGAAAUGACAGAAAGUCAGGACCCCACCAUGAUUGGUGUAGCGGUAGACACAAUUGGAAUCCUGGGAUCCAAUGUUGAAGGGAAACAGGUUUUGCAGAAAACAGGAACUCGCUUUGAGCACUUACUCAUGAGAAUAGGACAUCAAGCGAAGAAUGCCUCAACAGAGCUAAAAAUUAGGUGUUUGGAUGCAGUUUCAUCCCUUCUGUAUUUAUCACCUGAGCAACAGACUGAUGACCUCCUGAGGAUGACAGAAUCCUGGUUUUCUUCUUUAUCUCGGAACCCACUGGAGCUCUUCCGUGGCAUCAGUAAUCAACCCUUCCCUGAACUACACUGUGCUGCCUUAAAAGUGUUCACGGCUAUUGCAAACCAACCUUGGGCUCAGAAACUUAUGUUUCACAGUCCAGGUUUUGUAGAAUAUGUGGUGGACCGGUCCGUGGAGCAUGACAAAGCUUCAAAGGAUGCCAAAUAUGAACUGGUAAAAGCACUUGCCAAUUCCAAGACAAUUGCGGAAAUCUUUGGGAACCCAAAUUAUUUGAGGCUCAGGACUUACCUGAGUGAAGGUCCAUACUAUGUAAAACCUAUUUCCACGACAGCGGUAGAAGGAGCUGAAUGAUUUCUUCUGCAGUUUAAAAAUAGAGCGGACGAUUUUGGGACCAGAGCUUCUCUGAAGGCGCAUGUACUCCGUCUGUAUUUUACAAAACAAAGACUUCCCCGCCCCCAGAAUUAUCAUGGAGUGUCUAGUGUAGUUUUAUCACUAACAUUUUUUGUGUUUUUGCAUUGAAAUAAGUGUGGAACCAGGAGUUUGGAGAACACUGAGAGUAGGCAGAUUUGGUCUUAAGUAUACUAGUUAUUUUUCAGAUUCUUUUGACUGCCUUAAUCUUUGCAACAACAUGGAAGUCCUGGUUCCCCUUCCAGAAAACUUCAUGGACAUACCCAAUGUCUUAUUAGAAUAAUCUGCUUUAAGUAAAAUGGAACCAAAUUGUUUCUGAAUUCUCUUCACCUUUUUCUUUUCUGUUUAGUCUUUUUUCCUCUUCUGAUUCUGCUGUCAAAGUCUUGAAUAUAAAUGUUCUUUGGAAAAAAAAAUAGUAUGGAAGCUUAAAAUUAUGUUCUCUCUGUACUAAGAGUAAAUAAUUUUAAUUAAGUCUCCUUUGAUUUUUUGUUACUGUAAUGCCUUUGAAAAAUAGACAUAAAAUAAAUCUAAAAAUACUUUUGUA